GAGAGCGAGAGAGAGAGAGAUGUGGACACUCCCAGACAGAGAGUCAGAGGAAGUGCAGCAGUCACCUCCUCCCUCAGAGCGGGAAGUCACUCUCCUCAGCAUCCUCUGCAGGUUCAGUUCGGCAGCUCGGAGACGCGUCAGGAUGUUCUACUUCCACUGUCCGCCUCAGCUGGACGGAGAGUGCUGCCGCUCCAACACAUUGAAUUCAAGCGGAUUUGGUAACCACGCUCCGGCUGAUUUUGAUGAUGGAUUUCUACGAAGAAAACAGCGCAGAAACAGAACUACAUUUACUUUGCAACAGUUAGAGGCUCUGGAAGCUGUCUUUGCGCAGACUCACUACCCGGACGUGUUCACGCGCGAGGAGCUGGCUAUGAAGAUCAACCUGACGGAGGCCAGGGUGCAGGUUUGGUUUCAGAACCGCAGAGCGAAGUGGAGGAAGACGGAGCGAGGCAGCUCAGACCCCGAAGGAGGGAAAGAGCAGAUGAGCGAUGGCACUCCUCCGUCUCGCAGCAUCAACUCUACGUCUCCGGUGGACCACAGCAGGAAACAGAAAGAACCGCUGGAGAUGCAGCAGAGCAUCAACAGAACAGUGGGUCCAAGUGGUCCCUUCUUCCCGUCAUGUAUCCCAGGAACCCUCCUCAACUCUGCCACCUACGCUCAGGCCCUCUCACAGGUCGCUACACUGAAAGGUAAUGGUUUGUGCUCCUGCUGCGUCUCCGACCCCAUGGGCUUGUCCUUCCUGCCGCCCUACGGUUGUCAGGGAAACCGCACAGCCAGUGUGGCCGCCCUUCGCAUGAAGGCCCGGGAGCACUCGGAGGCGGUCCUCCAGUCUGCGAACCUGCUCGGAGCUGCGGCAGGCGGGCCAGGUGCCGGCGUGGGAGUCCUGUCUGGAGUCGGCGUGAGUGCGUCCGGGCUGGCGAGACCCUCCGUGGGCCCCACCAUCGAGAUACCCGGCACCGUGGGUCGAGGCGGGGACAGCUCAAGUCCUGGUUUGGCCAACAAGGUGCAGCUGCUGGGCGGGAGUCCUGACAAACACCCUCACUGCUCCAAAGAACAAAUGGAGAAAAAGUGAGGCGCUGGACGUAAACAUGGAUGGACUGAUGCUCUAAAUCUGUGUGAUGGUGCCGCUUGUUCCUUCACUCUUCUCUGAGAAACUAAGCACAAGCACAGACUUGACUCCAGAAACAUCCUGGGACUCUAAUGAUAUCACAAUGUGUGGAUGCAGACAUUCAAAUAUUUAUUUGACCGUAAAUUAUUAUUGUUUUUGAAAAAUGCUGAAUAUUUGGGGCCUUGUUUUCCCCGUUAAAGCACAAGUGUGAUUUUGGAUCUAUAUCUGUCUUCAUGCACUCUUGGACUCUAUUUAAUGGACUUACAUGUGUGCUGCAAAGACCUAUUUGAUAAUGUGAAUUUAACUCAAUCAGAUGCUUACAUUGUGAAUGUUAAUGCAUGUAUACUGUAAGUGUAGAGCUGAUGGUGGGACUGUAAGAAUUUGGGCAAUAUAAUACUUCUGCCAUCAGGUCGGUAACGGCUCAAACAAUCUCUCAUUCUCUUGGUUUUUAAAGUGAAAGUGCACUUUAAUAUUGAUCAGCCAUUUUUCUAUGUAAAUGUGUACACGUGCCAGAAUACAGUAUGUCUCAGUGACGGAGAGAGCGCCGGUUGUGUCUUCUUCUCUGUUAGCACGUCUGUAGCGCUGGCAGACAGGGAACACACCGGUCCUGUUGUGACAUGUUCUUUAAAACAAUUAAAGAUGUAGUCGCUCA